AUGGCCAGUGUGAAAUUUUUUUCUUUUGCUUUGCUUCUUGUCCUCCUUUUCUCCGUUGAUGUUGAAGGAUAUGUGUUAGAAAGUCGUACAUCCUUGUGUUGCAAUACCCACCCAGAAUUUGGGAGGUGCAUCCCAAACCUUGACACAAGAAGAUGCAACAGUUGGUGUCUUAAGGGAUGUGACAAUAAAAAAGGUGGUUUCUGCAAACGUAUUAACGGAGGACAAUGCCAUUGUUAUUGUUAAGAAUCUCUCAAAACCAUGUAAAACAUGCAUGACCAUUUGAUUAUUUCGUUUAUGUUGCCGUUUUA